UGGAGUCUUCCACGGUGCGCGAUACCCCUGCUUGUCCCUCUUUGUCCGGUGGCGACAGAAGGCCAUGAUUAUUAUGGCAAAAUUUGCGUUUUUGAAUGAAUAAUAAUUGAAUGGUGGAUCGAAACAGCAAGCAUACGCCGUGUGAGGACUGGUUUACCGGCAAUGACACACCAGAGAGUUUCAAUUUAAAGGACAGCAGAGCAAGCAACGGAGAAAGGGUACAGUUUACUUCCAAGACAGUCUGCAACCUGGCUAGCUAUCCUCAGUAGCAUGCUAACGCUAGCUACCAAGCUAACGUUAGCAUAGUAAACAACAGUUUUCGAUACGAGACGGAUUGUUUUGUCUCGUAAAGACUGUUACUGGGUAAAAAUAGUUACAACUGUCCAAAUUGUAUGUAGUUGUAUAGUUCGUGGUUUCGGAUAACCAUUUACAUGCUGCGGUUACUCACUCACUGAAAUCUCAAGGUUUCCUAGCUAGCCACAUUGAAUAACGUGGCUAGCUAGUUAGCUAAGCUAGUAACUAGCUAGCCUUAGCUAGCUGGUCUAGUAGUUUCACAUCUGUAAGUGAUCAUCACACAGGGGGAGGGAGGGGGGUGUUCUGCAACUUGCAUGUACUGGCAAACAAGCCCGGUAGCGAACAACCAGUUUCAUUCAACCGAGAGAGACUGGUUUGCAGCCACACUGCUCAGUUGUUCGUUGUACAGUUACACAGCUAACUAACAUGCACUCGCUUAAUUUUAUCAGACGUUAAUUUGGUGACCAAAUCCCGGCGUGACAGACAUCGUGGCGAAAGAUUUGCAGCUGGAAAAGGAGUUUUGCAGACCUGGGCCGGUGACACAACUUAGUUUCUAAUACGUCUUGGUCAUAUUAGCUAAUGGCUGCCGAAUCGGGGAGACUACUGGCGGGACAAGGUCAAGGAAAACGAGGCAAAGCUUCACAGAUGAAGAGCCCAGAGAAAAAAAAAAGGAAAUCCAAUACUCAGGCGGCGGGGUUCUCCCACCUCUCUGAGUUCGCACCCCCUCCUACACCCAUGGUUGACCACCUGGUUGCCUCCAAUCCCUUUGAUGAUGACUUUGGGCCCCCAUCCCGACCUGGUGGGGCAGGUGGACCGGGUGGUGCUCCAUUCUUACCCAGUCCCGGGGCAGGUGGAGGAGGCGGGUAUGGAGGAGCAGGAAGAAUGGGUGGAGGCAUGGGCUUCAUGGGAGGACCAGGAGGACCAGGCGGUGGCCAGCCUGGACGGAGACCACCUUUCGGCCCGCCAUCCAAUGCUGGACCACACCAUCAGCUUGGCUUUGCAGGAAUGCCUGGCUUUGGAGGUGGCGGUGGAGGUGGUGGUGGGGGAGGAGGAGGAGGUGGUGGAUUCCCCCCUGGAGGCCCUUCACAAUUCAAUAUGCCCCCCAACUUCAGUCCACCCAUGCACCCAGGGCCUGCAUUCAACCCAAUGUUGUCUCCAGGAGGCAUGGGAGGUCCUGGGGGAGGGGGACCACCCCACCCUCGAUUUGGCAUGCCUCCACAGCAGCAGCAUGGACAGGGCGGACACCCCUUCAACAGCCCUCCAUUACCUGGUGGUGGAGGCCCCAGAGGGCCCCCACAUGGCCCCAUGAAUCCUAUGGGGGGGAUGCCACCUGGGAUGAACAUGAUGGGCGGGAUGGGUGGUGGUCCCGGAGGAAAUAUGGUGGGAGGGUUAUCAGGUAUUCCUCCUCAAGGACAGUUCCCACCCUCACAGGAUGGCCCUUACCCUGGCCCCAGUCCACCAGGACAAGGGAACGAGGAGGGAAAGAACUUUGGAGGAGGAGGGCCUCAACCUGGGCCACCUCAGCCACAGCAGCAACAGCAGCAGCCUAACCUAAACCCCAACGGCCCCCCUCCUAAUAACACUACACCUGGGCCUCCUUCUAACUCAGGCCCGCCCCAGCCUGGGGGAGGCUUCCCUGGCCACCCUGAUGUCCAGCAGCCCAACGCCAACACACCUGGCCAGCCUCCCUCAGCACCACCCCAGCCUAAUCCCAACUCUUCCCCCACUGGUCCCCUUAAUGGAUCCGGCCAACCCCAGCACCCACCACCCAAUCAGCUGCAGCCUCCCAACAAUGCCAGUGCCCCCAACUCAAACAACUCUUCCCAGCAACAGCAGCAGCAGCCACAAUCCACUCCACCUAACUCUGCCCCUGGCUCCACCCCUUACAACCAGCAGAACAACACUCCUGGAGGUGGCGGUCCCAUGCCCAAUGCGCCCCCCAAUUCAGGCCAGAAUAACAUGACCAACAACAAUGGAGGCAACACUCCAGGCAGCAACCCCAAUCCUCCAUCUAAUUCCACUUCCACCCCUAACACCCAGUCGCCCCUUCCCCCCGGCCCAGCCGCUCCUUCCACUGGGCCCAGCUCUGGCCCUGGGAAACUUGGCGGCCCUGGGAUGGUCUUCCCCUGUGGCUUCUGUCUGGCUGAGGUGCACGAUGACCAGGAUGCCAUUUUAUGUGAGGCAUCGUGCCAACGUUGGUUCCACCGCGACUGCACAGGCCUGACAGAGCCAGCAUAUGGGCUGCUGACCCGGGAGAGUGCCGCCGUUUGGGCCUGUGACUUCUGCCUCAAAACCAAGGAGAUCCAGGCUGUGUACGUACGCCAGGGAUUAGGCCAGCUGGUGGCAGCUAAUGAGGGGUGAGGAGCAGCAGGGAGGUGCGGUGUGUAAGAACAAGGAGAGGACAGGCGAAGAGACAUUAAUUGCUCUGAUCUAACUGAAUGACUCAUGUAUCAUGUCAGCUAUUUGCCCAACUUUCUCUUGACUAGCCCUUUACUUGCUCAGUAUACAGAAAACCACACUCAUUCACAUUCAUGCUUAUAUAUAGCACUUUUAGUGACUCUAGGCAUUGAUCCCCAUCCCUCCCCCCAUUUGAGUCAAAAUAUACGAUGAAUGUUAAACUCCACAGUCCUCCAGACAUCUAGCCUGCCAACCAGCAAAGCACUGACACCAACACACUACCUCACACACUUUGUGACUGACGGGCACGGAAGCUCCUGCACUGACUGACUGUGAGUCACCCCAAAUAGCCCAGAUGAGUGUGAUGGUAUUUCUCACACAUGGGUGAAUAAAAUCAAUGUAAAUCAGUGUAAUGUUGAAGUAUUUCCCCCACUAAGUGGAUUGAUACAUUGACACACAGUAUCACUAUUUUUCUGUACGUUUCAAGGCCAGAAAUGAAAUUAUGCACAACGUUCUAUCAGAUGUUUAAAAUUGAAAAGAUCAAAGAGUGCCUGAAAAUCUGAAAGGCCUUGAAUUUUAUCUGUUAAUUGAUUUAUGCCUUUCCUCCCCAUCAAAAUUCUGUGUUCUAACUUUGCCCUAUAUUAUUAUUUAGCCUUUUACUGCAAGCAAAUGAAAGAAAAUGGAUAAAUAAAUCGCAGUGUAUAGCAGUGUAAAUCUCAAUACCAAGUGUAUUGUUAAACAUAAGUACCAAGAACAAAAUAUAUAUAUAUAUGUAUAUUACAAGCUCUCUGACAAUGCCUGCGCCUACACACAUUUGACCCCCCCACGUAUCUACCAUCAUUUUUUACCCAAUGUUGAUUAAUCCAGAGGAGAUCCAGGCCGAGACUUCACCACCAACAUGUCAUGGAGAGGAUAUCACUACCGAAAUAGUUGUAAAUAUUAGGGCAGAACAUUUGUCUGGAACUCCGUCCGUUGUGAACAUGCUGGAGAGUCGACCAAUGAACAAAAAAUAAGUUGAACUUAAAAUGUCUUGGUUGUAUUCAAUAUGACAUUUUGGUUUUUAUACAUUGAAUCAACUUUUUUUAUCCGCAGUACACAUGAAUUGUGACAUCAGUGCUUUUGGAUGGUGUUGGCAUAGCAAGUAGUGACAUCAUGUCAUAUCAGAUGUGCAUAGUUUUGUUUUUGUUUUUUUGUUUUUUCCUUUUGGGGUUGCAUGUGAACCAAUGCAGUAACUUUGUCUGAUCUGUUUAUGUUUGUAUUCUGGUCUCUGCUCUGCUGGAGGCCUUGAAGUAGACCAAAUAACUAAAGAGCGAAAAAUACCCAUUUUCACAUUUCACGGUAUAAGAUGUUUAUAACUUCUCUUCCUUCUCGUUUUCUUUUCUUCAUUCAAUGUCCGAGUUGCCUUUGUUUUUUUCAGCUGUUCCCUUUUUGUACUGGUAUUUGUGCUGUUCGAUGUGCUCUGCUCUGGCGCCUCCUGGUGGAACCUAGAGGAACCAGUGACCCCCACACCUGGUGGGGAAGGGAAAGGUACUGAACUCCUAAGUAAAGAGAAUUUUUUUGUACUUGUCCAUGUCUGUUUUGUUAUUUUUUUAUUUGUUGCUAAUUGUAUUAAAAUGGGGGUUGGCAAACCCACUAAAAUGUA